AUGAAGACUAGCACGUCUCGGACAGCGCGUUUUUCUAAGGCGGCGCUCGUGGCUAGCCUCCUCGCCCUUACUAGCGCGACUUCCGAGGCAAGCUCGGAUGUGCGCUCUACGUUGAAGUCGGGCAGGACUGCUGUUCAGCCCAAAGAUCCUGCAGAACACGCCGGGGGGUACGCAAAUGCCACUGACAACUCCGGGUUUAGGAGCGCUGUGGCGCCGGUGUACCUUCAGAUGCUGAAGGCGAUCUCUGAUCACGAGACCGCGUCCUCGGCGCAACGCGACAGGAAGCACCUUCCGGAGCGCAUGAUGUAUAAUCUGUACGAGGAAAUGAAAGAGCGCUUCUGGCUGCUGAACGAGCAGGCAGUGAUUGAACAGCUCAUUAGCCAGGGGCUCUUGGACCCUUCUUUCGGCUACCAGUUCGCUUUCAACUACGUCCCCACAUACCAAGACGAUAUCUUCGCGCACGUUUUCAGCGACGAUGGGGCGAUGGACACGUAUGCAGACGCCGGCGUGUACGCCGGCACCAGCGCGCCCCUGGGCAGCACCGAAUCCUCUGAAGAAACCACCUCGGAAGCGGACCUCGGGCCUGACUGCGACGCCGCAUCUUCCGCGAAGGGCGCACCGUGCAAGAAGUCCUCGCCAGCAGACGCCGCUGAAGACAACGGAAACGCUGAAGGGCCGUCGCAGCUCUCCUCAACCUCCACCGAGGCCCCGAAGCAGACAGACAAGGCGCCGAAGGUAGGAGACGAGCUGGGAAUCUCAACGAAGUCUGAUGAACAGGAGCCUCCUGCAGAGAAGCCUGCAGUAGCGCCAGCGCCCCCGGCCGCUGCUGUUGGGCAGGAGCCCACGCACCCCUCUGGAAACCAUCCCAACUCGGGUGAAAUCUUGGCCGGAAUUCCUGAAGAAAAGCGGAAAAAGAUGCUCGCGAAUCAAGCGCCUCUGCCCCAGACAGUGGUCGCGCAAGUGGCCCUGACGGGAGACAAAGUCGUCAAAAACGGCGACGCUCCCGGGGUCCAGGAGGCGCCAGCAGACACGACUACGACAACUUCGCCACGCCCCCUCUCGUCUGCCUCUGCAGCUGGGACCGCUGUCCUUUCGGAAACCGAAAACAAGACGGAGCAGAAGGACGGAGCGCCCCUUUCCCACGGGGAAGAAGCACUUACUACUACAGCUGCAGGGGUCAAGCCCCUAACGGAGGAGCCGUCGAAGCCAGCAACCAAGCAGGACAAACCCAUAGAGAAGCCGGCCGCUCCUGUUGCUGGGGAGUUUCUAUCCCUUAGAAAACGACCAACGCACUGA